AUGUCUCGCGUCCUUCUCAUCACCGGCGCUACCGGCAAGCAGGGUGGCUCAGUUAUUGACGCCCUCCUUGCACUGCCCAAUGCAAACGACUUUACCAUUCUGGCCGUCACCAGAGACUCCAGCAGCGGUAGUGCAAAGAAGCUCGCCGCAAGAGCUAACAACAUCAAGCUCGUUGAGGGUAACCUCGAUGAUGUUCCCGCCCUUUUCGAAGCCGCCAACAAGAUCGCCCAGCGACCAAUCUGGGGUGUCUACUCGGUGCAGAUCUCGAUGGGCAAGGGCGUGACUUUCGAGGGUGAAGUCAAGCAGGGCACCGACCUCAUCGACGAGAGUGUCAAGAACAACGUCCAGCACUUUGUCUACAGCAGUGUCGAGCGUGGUGGUGACGAGAAGAGCUGGGACAAUGCAACUCCUAUUCCUCAUUUCCAGACCAAGCAACUCAUUGAGAUCCACCUGCGCGACAAGGCCCAAGCUAUGGGCUGGACCAUCUUGAGACCUGUUGCUUUCAUGGACAACUUGCAACCGGGCUUCCCUACCAAGGUCUUCCUGACUGCCCUGCACAACCACCUUGGCGACACCAAGCCUCUGCAAUGGGUCGCUACCGCAGACAUUGGCUUCUUCGCAGCACAGGCCUUUACCCACCCCGAGGAAUGGAACCACAAAGCCCGCGGCUUGGCUGGCGACGAACUCACCUUCCCUCAAAUCUCAAAGGCUUUCGAGAACGCAACCGGCUCCCCUGCAGGAACCACCUUCUGGGGUCUUGGUUCUGUCCUGACUUACAUGGUCACCGAGCUCGGCCAUAUGAUCGGUUGGUUUGCGUCUGAUGGAUACAAGGCAGACAUCUCCAACCUGCGCUCCAUCAACCCGCAGUUGAUGGACAUGGAGACAUGGUUGAAGAAGAGCGCCUUCGCAACAAAAUAG